UCGCCGCUAAAUCUGACUCUUUGCCACUAAAACAAACUGAAACAAAAGAUAAAAAAAGAGAAAAGAGUACUAGAAAGAGUAAAAAUGGCAAGAGUGCUGCUCUCAAAUGCAAAUAAUCUCCUCCCAUGCUUCCAAUCACCAUCUUCCUCAACACCGUUAACAUCACUUCACCUUCACAAACAAAUCGUUAGGACUCAUCCCACCUCAUGCAAGUCAGCACUAUUGAAUCAAGAUUCUUCUUCUUCUUGUUCUGUUCUGACCACCAAGAGGAGCCUUUCCAUUAGCCUCACAACAGGGUUCCUCUUCUUUCUCUCUGGGAAAGGUUGUUCUGAUGCCAAUGCAGCUAUAUUAGAACCGGAUGAUGAUGAGGAGCUGUUGGAAAAGGUGAAGAAGGAUAGAAAGAAGAGGCUUGAGAGACAGGGUGUCCUCAAUUCAGCUGCUCAAGAGACAGGAUACUUGCAAGAGCUCGUUUACAAGCUCAGCAGAGUAGGCCAGGCAAUAGAGAAGAAUGAUCUUUCAACGGCUAGGUCAGUUCUUGGUCAAAGCAGUGAUACUGAUUGGGUACAAAAAGUUAAGUCAGCUUUCAAGAAGUUGAGCUCUAGCCCUGAGGAGAAAUCCGAAGUAGAGACUUUUAGCUCCGCACUUGAUUCUUUAAUUUCAUCAGUGACUAAGAAUGAUAUUGAAGCAUCUAAAACAGCAUUUGUGGCAUCAGCAUCUGCUUUUGAAAAAUGGACAACCUUAACAGGGUUGGUUGAAAAGCUUAAGGGGCUUUGAAGAAAAUCAAUCUGGCCAGAGAGUUCCAGCAAUACCCCCAGAAUGCUUCACUAGCUUGCUUCUGGCUCUAACUCUAGCUGGUUGACUGCUGUCAUUAAUGAUCGCAAAAUUCUUUUAAUUCCAUGAGCUGUAUUAACUUCUCCAGCUUUAUGGUUAAGUGUUAAUGACAUUGAAAAUUUAGAUGUAAUUAUUCUUUGAAACCACCUCGACCACGCAAUUAAUUGAAUCAUUUCACAUAUUUGCGAUUCAA